GUAAAGAAUUGUUCAUGUGUAAAUAUCAUCAUAUUUUGUUGUGUGGUGGUUCCUGUGUGACCUAUGGAUUAAAAGCAAGAGGAUUCUUCUGGUAUAACUCAAUUUAAACUGGAACAAAGAGACAACCAAAUGAAGAUAAAGGAAGAUCAGUUGGAGCAUCUGUAUCAGUUGGAUAAUUGAUUUACACCCAGCUCCGGUUAAACAUUUUUGGAUUAUCAUUUAUAUAUUUCCUUGGACAAGAUUUUUCAUCGUGCUCAUAUCUUGAUUUUACCUGACCUUGUCUUUCUGGACGUUUCUGUAAAAAUCAGAAUAUAAAGGUGACAACAAGAAAAAAGAUUUGGAGAACAGUUUUGGUGAAAAAACAAAUGCACAAUAACAAACUUUGACAAAAGACAUUGUACACAUUUUAGAAGUCCAGUAAGGAUUUAUUUUGUAUUCAAAAAAUUAAGUUCUGGAUUCCAGUUCUUGCCUGAAUGGACAUGCCAACAAAACUGAAUCAAUGCAAGUACAAAAAUGAAAAGGAACUAUUCUUCUUAGUGGAAUGUUGAUAUUUGCAUCCAAACUGUAAAAUACUUGCCUGAAAAAAUGGAUAAUCAUCCUGCUAAUUCAUUCUUUACCAACUUCACUAACUUUUUCAACCAUGUAGAGAAAACUGAAGACACACCGGUUCUUUCAUCUUUUCGUUAUCUGUUUGAGAAAAAUACUGAACCUCAGAACAUCAGCGUUCAAAAACCUCACACUAUUAGAUUUGAUGACGAUUUACCUGUUGAACAAGAUCUCAAAGCAUUGAUGGUUUCUAAUCAAAUUAAUAGCAGGACAACAUCAGAAAUAAAAUUCUCGAUAGAGUCAGAUGUUUUACCUAGAGAUAAGGGCAACAACCAUAAAAAUCUGGAUGAGACAUUAUCUCUUGAGCAAAUAAGGGAAAAUAAUGUUGAAACUCACAUUAAUACAAGCAUGGACAGAGAUGAAAUAAAAAUUCAAGAAACACCAAGUCAUACUGGAAAGGAAUUCAUGGUCAUGGACCUGCCAGUCAGUAUGGAUCAAGGGAAGUCAUGGAAUAAUUCAUCCUUGACAUGCCAAGGUAACAAAACAUUGCCAGAUGGUCAACCUGACCUGCUGUCUGAAGCGUUUGUCCAGGAAUAUAAUGAUGCUUGUCUGAGUAACACAGCCUUAGCAGAAAGCCACAUAAGUGGAAAUCCCUCAGAAAGUAUCACCGAACAGAUUAUAGAGGGAUUACCAGACAAAGUUAUGAGAGAUGGCAUCACAACCAAAAUCACCAAAGAAGAGGUGUUAUCUACUGCGGAGAUUCAGCCAAAAGAGGAAUUCUGGAGCUUCUUAAUUCUGGACACAUAUAAUGGAUGUCAUGUGGCAUCAGAUCCUGUUCAGAAACUAAACACACAUUCACAAUCCUGUUCAGAAACUGGAGACACAUUCCUGAAUGUCGAGUCUGAUCAAGUGUUAUUAAAAUUGGAACCAACGUCUCCAGACAGUCCCAAUGAAAUACAAAACGGGAGAGAAAUAGAAUAUGUACAAGAAUCGAGCAAAGUAGAAAUAAAACAGAGUGGUGGACAAGAUAGAUGGACAAUAAUGACAGAUGAGAGUGAUAACCUGGUACAAACUGAGGGAGAAGACAAAGAGAGAAAUUCAGAGUCCUCGGGUAAUCCCACUCCUAUUUGGAACCAAGAAGUUAAAAAUGCUUCUAGGCAAACCAAAAAAGUUUCCUUCUCUCCGGGCCUAAAGGUGGAGAAACCUCCUCAGCUACCCUCCAUCUUUAGUGGACUGAAAGGGUUAAAAAAAGAAGUGCAGGACCAGCAGAAAAAAACAUUAACCCUUGAACAACCUAUGAUGAAACGAGCCUCUGUUAAACGGGCACUUUUCUCUGAGAGACCCUCCAAAAGUGAUGCUAAAGGGAGCAUCCUUGAGCAGCUCUCACAACUCCUGAGCUUUGAUGCUGGCAAAGUGGGAGCAAAAAAAACACAGGAACCCACAGCAAGUCCUCCACUCUCACCUAGUAGUGAGGUGCUAGAAGAAGAAAUGUAUCCAGUAGAGGAAAGUGUGGAGGGUCCUGAUGUUGUUCCAUUAGAGGAAAAUAGCAAAUUAACAAAUGCAGAGACAACCCUCAAUGCUUUCAAAGCUUUCUUUAGCCCUAAACCAGCUAAGAGGAACACCUCAGACCAUAUUGACCUGGAUGCUGUAAAGAGGGCAUUUAAUCCAGAGACAAUCCGAGCUAUCUUUGACAGAAACUCUAGCAAGUCUCCAGACAACAGAAACAUUUCUGAGAACAAAUCUCCUGAGAAUGAGGAGAGGACACCAGGGCGCCUGCAGGCUGUCUGGCCUCCUCCAAAGUCCAAAGAUGAGGAGGAAAAAAUUGGGUUAAAAUACACAGAGGCUGAGCAUCAGGCAGCUCUUCUACAUCUAAAAAGAGAGUGCAAAGAAGAGCAGGAGGCAUUAGAGGCAGACUUUAAGCUCCAGCUCUACCACCUCAGAGAUGAGAAUGAAGAAACUGUGUCCAGACUGCAAGCAGUAAUUGCGGAUCUGAAAAGCGCUGCCAACUGUUCACACAGGGAGCUCAGAGAUGCAGCUGUGUCAACCGAAGACUACUUCACACCUCGAAUUUUUCGAACUGUGUGUAUUCAGACAGACCGAGAGACUUUUAUUAAGCCUGUCAAGGCACCAGAGAUAAGCAAAGACCUUUGCCCUCAACCAAAUGUGCCUAAAAAACUAGAUCUUGCAUCAAUUGCUAGUAAUCUUUCAAGCAAACCGGAGCAUGCAGUGCCUCAAUUACUGCCAUUGCCAACACCACAACCACUGUCUGUUCAGUCAGGACUUGAUAGUGUAACAACUUCAAAUCCCCUUUCACUGUCUGGUCCGUCUGAGAGUUAUUCAAAACCUGCUCAGACAGACAAGUUCCCACCACUCAGACAAGCCAGUUGUCCACCACCUCCACCACCACCUCCACCAAUAAUCUUAGCUGGUCUUGCUCCUCCACCACCCCUACUAGGCCCUGUGCCUACUCCUCCCUCUGGAAGUGGAUUGUUCUCUGGAGCUGAGGAGAGACUGCAACGAAAGCCAAGAGUGGAACCUGUCUGUCCAAUGAAGCCACUGUACUGGACACGGAUACAGAUUCAAGACAGCAGAAAUGAUACUUUGUGGAGCUUGCUGAAGGAGCCGGGCAUAAUAAAUACUGAUGAGUUUGCUGAGUUGUUUGCAAAAAUGGCUUCACCCGCCAAAAGGAAACCCCUAUCUGAGGCCUACGACAACACAGCCAAAGCCAAGAAGAUCAUUAAGGUUUUGGACAGCAAGCGUUCUCAAGCUGUAGGAAUCUUAAUCUCAAGUCUUCACCUGGAGAUGAAGGACAUACAGCAGGCUAUUUUGAUGAUGGACAACUCUGUGGUUGACCUGGAUGCUAUUGAAGCCCUGUAUGAAACUAGAGCUCAGCCUGAAGAGUUGGAGAAAAUAAGAAAACACUACGAAAGCUCAGAUGAAGAGCAUGUCAGACUGCUGGACAAGCCUGAGCAGUUCCUGUAUGAGCUUUCUCUGAUUCCCCAGUUCUCUCUAAGAGCACGGUGUAUUAUUCUCCAGUCAACAUUCACUGAUGCUGUUGCAUCUGUCCAGCGCAAAGCAAACACGGUUCUCCAUGUGUGCAAGGGACUACUGGAGAGAGACAGUGUGAGAGAGGUGCUGGGGCUCGUACUUGCCUGUGGGAACUACAUGAAUGGUGGGAGCAGACACCGAGGCCAGGCAGACGGCUUUGGCCUCGACAUUCUUCCUAAGCUCAAAGACGUUAAGAGCAGGGAUAACAACAUAAGUCUGGUGGAUUACAUAGUGUCUUACUAUUUACACAAUCUUGAUGAGAAUGCUGGGACCGAAAACUGCGUGUUUCCAUUGCCUGAGCCUCAGGAUGUCUUCCUUGCUUCCCAAGUUAAGUUUGAGGAUUUAUCCAAAGAGCUCCGAAAGCUGGGCGAAGACCUUGAAGGUUGUGAGACGGAUAUCCAAAGUGUGUGGUUAACAUCCCCUCAAGAAUACAUCUAUCCCUUCAAGGAGAAAAUGGAAUCUUUUAUCCUCAGUGCCCAGAACGAAAAAAUAGCAACUGAAAAUCAUCUUAUGUCUGCCCAAAAAUGCUUCCGUGACCUGGUGCAGUACUUUGGGAUGAAGCCUUAUUCUGGCGAGCAAGAUGUUCUACCAGGACAUGUUUUUAUGCUUUGGUUUGAAUUCUGCAAUGACUUUAAGACCAGAUGGAAGAAAGAGAACAAGGCUAUUUCCAAUGAAAGACUUAAAGAAGCCCAGCAGUUGGUGCGCAACCUCACAGCAGACAAAAAAGUGGAGACCAGGCAGGUCCAUGCAAAUGGCCUGAAGGAAAGACUGCGUCUAAAAGAAGCAAGCCUAUCCAGCACCUGAGACACAAUAGACCCUCCACUAUGAUAGUAUAAUUCAUAUGAUUUUUAAACUUGUGUGUUUUUUUACUUAUUUUUAAUUUGUAUCUACAUCUGCAUGUAACUUUGGCCUGUUUCUGCAUAAGGAGUUGAAUAGGAAUGAGAUGUACUCUUUUUGCUUGGACACACAUGAAUGUGAUUCAAUGUUCAAUGUUGACCAUUAUAUCAGUUCAACUUAGUUCAAUUUUAUUUUUGUCUCCUUGAGAGAACCAUGACUCAAGAGGAGAAAAAGGAAACAUAUAUAUAUAUAUAUGUUAUUGAGAGAGAGAGAGAGAGAGAGAGAGAGAGAGAGAGAGAGAGAGAGAGAGAGAGAGAGAGAGAGAGAGAGAGAGAGAGAGAGAUUGCUACAAGAGGACAUUCAGUAUGAACUUAUGCAUAAAACUGCAUGUAACCAAGACUGGGAACCAAGCCAAGUGGACUUGGUUAUAUUAAACAUGGAUAGUCGUAUAUACCCUAGCUUCAGUGAAUUUAAGAAAAAUUGCAGUUUAUAAACCUCAGGACACUCUUGCCAGGAACUUUCUCCAGUCUCACUUGAUCAGAUUCCCUACAAACACAUCCACAAAUCUACAGAGAAACAAUUUCUUUAUUUUGCAUGUUAAGUAUAUUGUAUUUGUGAAAAACUUGUACUGAUGGAUAAAACCCUGCAAUACACUGCAAUCACAGCACAAGUAACAAUCCCUUGAUAGUAUACAUGAACAUUUGAAAAUGAAUAUCUUGUUUAACUUAUCUAAAAGUCAUUUUCUUUAAACGUGCUGUUUGCAAAGGAUGAAUCAGAUUUUAGUAGAAAUGAGUUUAGUUCAGAAAUUCAAAUACAAAAAUUGAAGGCAAUAAAUAUCCCUAAUAAUAGAAAAAAUAAAAAAUAAAAAUCUUCAUCCACAUAGUGGAGACUGACAGGAUUUUUCAGUGAUUGUUGGAAUACCAUAUAUUUACAGCUGAUGAAAAUAAACUUUGUACACAAAA